AUGGCUCAGAUAAGUCCAGAUUUUGGUGUGAAGAGCAGCAGCAUCAUCAGGGAAUGGAGUGGACAGGUUCAGCCCACUCUGGUCGCCUCUUUUGUUUUCCUCUUCUGUCUGGAAGCCUGUCUGUGGGUAAGGAACCUCAGACUCAAGAGGAGACUACCAGGACCCUUUGCCUGGCCGGUGGUGGGCAACGCCAUGCAGCUAGGCCAGAUGCCCCACAUCACUUUCGCCAAGCUGGCCAAAAAGUAUGGAAACGUGUACCAGAUACGGCUGGGCUGCAGUGACAUUGUAGUUCUGAAUGGGGACAGAGCGAUACGUCAGGCUUUGAUACAGCACAGCACUGAGUUUGCAGGCAGACCAAACUUUGUCUCUUUUCAGGCUGUUGCUGGGGGGAAAAGUAUGACUUUCACCAAUUACAGCAAACAGUGGAAGAUGCACAGGAAAAUUGCUCAAUCAACGAUCAGAGCCUUCUCAUCAGCCAAUAGCCAAACCAAAAAAGCCUUUGAGCAGCAAAUUGUGGCUGAAGCCACAGAGUUAGUUGAGAUUUUCCUGAAACUCAGUGCUCGGGGCCAACUUUUUAACCCUGCUCAUGAGCUGACAGUAGCUGCAGCUAAUGUGAUUUGUGCCUUGUGCUUUGGAAAGCGCUAUGGACAUGAUGAUGUUGAGUUCAGAGCCUUGUUGCAGAGGGUAGAUGAAUUUGGACAAACAGUCGGGGCCGGCAGCUUGGUAGAUGUGAUGCCUUGGCUUCAGUCUUUUCCUAAUCCGGUCCGCAGUAUGUUUGAGAACUUUAAGGACCUGAACCGAGAGUUCUUUGGAUUUAUCCAGAACAAAGUGGCUAAGCACAGAGAGACAUUUAAUCCAGAGGUUACCAGAGAUAUGAGUGAUGCCAUUAUUGGUGUGAUUGAUAAGUCUGACCGUGAUAAUGGACUCACCAAAGCUCACACAGAGGCCACAGUGGCUGAUCUGAUUGGAGCAGGCCUGGAUACCAUCUCCACUGCUCUUCACUGGAUCGUCCUACUGCUGGCAAAACACCCGGACAUACAAACCAUACUCCAUGAGCUCAUUGAUAAGGUUGUAGGAAGAGAGAGGCUCCCGUCAACAGAGGACCGAAGUCACCUAACCCUCCUGGAUGCCUUCAUCUACGAAACCAUGCGCUUCACCAGCUUCGUCCCAGUCACCAUCCCUCACUCCACAACUUCAGACGUAACCAUUGAGGGUCUACACAUCCCCAAAGACACAGUGGUCUUCAUCAAUCAGUGGUCAAUCAAUCAUGACCCCCUUAAAUGGAAGGAUCCACACAUCUUUAACCCCUCACGCUUCCUGGAUGAAAACGGCUCCCUUGACAAAGAUCUCACCAAUAACGUGAUGAUCUUCUCAGCCGGGAAAAGAAGAUGUAUUGGGGACCAGAUCGCCAAAGUUGAGAUGUUCCUGUUCGUUGCGGUUCUCCUUCACCAAUGUAAUUUUGAGAAAUGUCCCGAAGACAAUCUGUCUUUAGACUGCACCUAUGGUCUGACACUGAAGCCUUUAGAUUACAAGAUCACUGCCAAACUCAGGGGAGAGUUGCUUACAGCCCAGUAA